GCAGCAGAAAAAUCCUCGUCAGUCAAGGUCUUGGCUGGCCAACCAGCAUAGCUCUCGACCAGUUGAGCUGGAAGAUAUUCUGGUCUGAUGACAAAUUUCACUGUAUUGGCUCUGCUAAUCUAGAUGGUACUGGUGUUCAUUCGCUGUGUUCGAAGAUGAAGUCUUCUGGUCUGAGAUGAAGACGAGAACAGUACAGCACAUGAAGAAGACCACAGGCAAGAACAGAGCUGUCCUCUUCAAGCGUUCCCAACAGCCUCAUGGACUCAAGAUAAUGCACAAAGUGCUCCAGCCCAAGUCUCCUAAUCCUUGUCUGGACGCUGGCUGUUCUCACUUGUGCCUUCUGAGCCCGCGAUCCAAGGGGAGCUGUCAUUGCCCAGUGGGACUCCUGCUGGCGGAUGAUGGCAUCACCUGUGUUCCGCUCGAGGAGUCUGCAUUUCUGUUCCUCGUGUUGCCCACAGUUAUCAUGCAGAUUUAUCUGAAAAAUCUAGAAGCUUUACUAGGACAACCAGCUUUACCAGAACAUAGGAUACUUCCCUUUACCAGUGUGAAACAGCUUGCAUCCCUGGACUACAUAGUCCAGGAAAAGGCUUUCUACCUUUCAGAGUUGGAUAAUGGUGAUAUCAGGCUACUGAGUCUCAAAGAAUCUGGAAAACUCUCUUGGAGGAAAAUCAUAUCUGUGGAGGGAACAGUGAUCGACCUUGCUGUGGACUGGUUGAGUGGAAACAUAUAUUGGAUUGACAGUGAGAAUCCUCACAUCAAUGUAGCUUCCUCAAAAGGCCAGGAUCCCACUGUCCUGGUCAGUGAAAAUCUCUACCGCCCAACCUCUGUUGUGCUGCACCCACCCUCUGCAGUCAUGUGCUUUGUGGACCUGGGUGCCCAGGAUGAUGGUAGGCGUGGGUCCAGCAUUGAAUGUGCCUCCAUGGACGGCAGCAGGAGGAAGGUGCUGUGGCAGAAAUCCCAGGUCCCUGAGGGCCUGACCUUUUCGGAUUCGGGAACCCGAGUUUACUGGGCUGAUACUGGGAGAGGACUCAUAGAGAGUAUUCAACAAGAUGGCUCUAGAUACAGAGUAGACCGCAGAGGAAUUGAGGGCCUUACCCUCUUUACAUUUGGCCAAGGCAUGAUGUUCUGGAUGACAACUGAUGAUGCCCAAAUCACUAAAGUUUGGUACAGCAAGGCAGAACUUUCAGAAAACCAGUGGUUCCAAAUAGACCAGAAGAUUGUGGAUUUAAAAGUUUAUAGUAAACUUAGUCAACAGGGUAGUAACAGCUGCUCAAAAGACAAUGGAGGCUGCCGCCAUAUGUGUUUACCCAACCCUGAAGGAGUGACUUGUAAAUGUCCCAGUGGGCACUACUUGGCUAACAUAAGCAAAUGUGUUGAAGCUAUCCCGUGCUCUGAACCAUCCCAGUCCUGUAAGGAUGGUCAGAAGUGCAUUUCCAUGGAGCAAGUUUGUGAUGGUCAUGCUGACUGGAUGGAUGGAUCCGAUGAGCUGAGCUGUACCUAUCCAGAUAAAACCCAUUCAACACCAACAUCUAAAAAUGCAGAGGCUGGAAAAAGGUUGACUCCAAAAACUGCCCUACCUCUCCAAGCUACCAAGUCCACCAAGGCUAGAUAUCCAGGUCCAGAAGGGAUGAGUUAUCCUGUCAGAAAAACACUAAUCCCUCCAAUUCCUGCUAGAGAAAGCAAGACCCCAGAAACCAAGGAAAAAGGCGAGCUUGUGCAGCCCAAGGACUCACAGAGGGCAAAACAUCUGCCCUGUAGCACGGACUUCUGUAAUGGUAGGGGAAUCUGCACAAUGGUAGGCGAGCUGAGGAAGUGCCGCUGUCUGAUGGAAUAUGGCGGGGAGUUCUGUGAAGAGCCAGCGCAUGGACCUGCCCCUGGCUACGUCGCCCUCAGCUUAACCAUGGUCUCUCCAGUUGUGCUAGUCCCUCCGGGAGCAUUUGUCUGUUUCAGAAGGGAGCACAAAUUAAAAAGAAAUAGUGCAGCAGCGUCAAAAAAUUCGACCCGCCAUAAAGAAAACGGUCAAGAAGAGGAGAAUCUAAUGAAUAGUGAGAUUUUGUCAACGAAGCCUAUGAUGAGCAGGUAUGCCUGGGAAGUGUCUUUGAGGAAAACAGAUUGUGAGAUACAGCUAAAGAAUGCCCCUUCUGAAAAAUUUGCGCUGGGUGAAAGUAGGCAGUGUUAACUUACAGAGCUUUUUGUAAUGGGUGGAUGAUGCUAUUAUGUGUAUCAAAUGAAUGUUCAGCAACUUGUUUAUCUUUAGACUCUGUUCAAUCUCUAGUUCAAACCAAAGUGAAAUGCACAUGAAAUAGUAAUCAAGACAUUCAGCUUUUGGUGAACUUCCACAAGGGGCUCAGUCCUAUGGUGGGGUGGGAUGUUAUUAGGGUUAGUUGGAGUUACCCCUAAAAUUAUGUCCCCCUGUGAUCUCUCCUAACCUCUCUGUCACUCGACCACCUCUGUGUUUUGCUUUGU